GAGGAAGUGGCGGCAGCGGCCGGGGGAGGCUAGAGCUGUGUCUGCGCGGGCGGCAAGCAACGGCUGAAGCGGCGGCGGCGGUAGCGUGGGUUGGGCUCAAGCAGACGGCCGCACCUCAGACUCCCUGGAGCGGGAGCCCACGCGGGCGGGCUCCUGAAACAAAGAGCAGCGGGAGUCCAGACGCCGCGGGUGGGCGGUCAGCCGGUCAGCACCGAGCCGGCCAGCGGCUGCCCGCGCUAGCCCGGAGCGCGGCCUGAGGGCGGGAAGAUGCCGCGCGUCGUCCCCGACCAGAGAAGCAAGUUCGAGAACGAGGAGUUCUUCAGGAAGCUGAGCCGCGAGUGUGAGAUUAAGUACACGGGCUUCAGGGACCGGCCUCACGAGGAGCGCCAGACACGCUUCCAGAACGCCUGCCGCGACGGCCGCUCGGAGAUUGCUUUUGUGGCCACAGGAACCAAUCUGUCUCUCCAGUUUUUUCCGGCCAGCUGGCAGGGAGAACAGCGACAAACACCUAGCCGGGAAUAUGUCGACCUAGAAAGAGAAGCAGGCAAGGUGUACUUGAAGGCUCCCAUGAUUCUGAAUGGUGUAUGUGUUAUCUGGAAGGGCUGGAUUGAUCUCCACAGAUUGGAUGGUAUGGGUUGCCUGGAGUUUGAUGAGGAGCGAGCCCAGCAGGAAGAUGCAUUAGCACAACAGGCCUUCGAAGAGGCUCGAAGAAGAACUCGUGAAUUUGAGGAUAGAGACAGGUCUCACCGGGAGGAAAUGGAGGUGAGAGUUUCACAGCUGCUGGCAGUAACUGGCAAGAAGACAACAAGACCCUAGUCCUGGUUCCAACUUAGGUGGUGGUGAUGAUCUCAAGCUUCGUUAAUACUAGCACAGCACCCGUGCCGCCCAUCCCUACGUACACACUGCUUCUAGUUGGUAUCAGCAACACAUUGUGCGACCAGAAACUGUGAUAACUGGAGGUACUGCAGUCAAUUUCGUGACCUGAGGCAGUAAAAGACAUCGUCAGCUGCCAUAGUUUUGCACUAUAAUAUCUGCAUUUCUGGUUUUUAAAGCAUGUAGCCAGUAAUAAUUUGAAAUUUUUUUCUAUGCAAGCUUAUCUUGUUGGCAUUAUUUUGGUUGGGUUGAAAGUAUCUUCUUUCUCCAUUUUAAUUUAAAAGUUCAUAUCAUUUAAGAACAAGAUAAGAAAUUGAAAUUUUUAUCAGGGUUUUCUUCAGCAGUUGCUUAAAAUUAUUUUAUACUUUCAGAUGAGUUGGUCAUACAGUCUUCCUUCUAGAUAAGCAUUCUUUGUGUUUGUUUUCUCCAUAUUACUUUGUUUUUUGUAUUCUACACCAUUUUACGAAUAAGAUGUGUUUGUGUUUUCUUACAAGCUAAACACCUAGCAGCAUAGAGCUGUCUGCCACCGCCUCCUAAAACAAACGUUUACAGUUGUGAAAGUCACAGUAUCCUUUUAAAUACUAGUACUCACCUCUUUUUUUGCCCUUUUAAACAUAAAAAUUUUAAAUUAGUAUUCAUUUUUAUUUGUCUCAGAUCUGUUUCAAGUUCUCUUCUAUAAUCAUGAGUUUGGGUAGAGGUGUCCUCCAUAGGUGAUAAUGUUCUACAGAAAUGCCCAAAGAAGUCACAGGCUGGCUUCUGUUUUAUUCAGGGAUUUUAUUUUUAAGUCAAUCAGAAAAGGGAUACUGGAACUUAUUCUAUGUAACAGCAUAUUAAACUGGAGGCAGUGAUGAAUCAGUACAAAGGUAAAUUGUAUUAACAUCAUGUUUAAGAUAGCUGCUUUCAUGUGUAUUUUGUAUUGCAUGCUUUUGUAGAAACAAUAUUGGGUGAUGAAGAUUAGUCUUAGAAAAUGUUCAUCUGUGCAGGAGAUACAUUUUCUUCCAUUAAUUCUGGACGAAACAUUUACAGUUAUAUAUGAUGGUAUUUUGCAAAAGGACUAUUAAUAGUGCAUUUUGAGAUGAAUCAGUGUGGCAAUAUUUUUAAAAUAGGCUUAGUGUCAAAUUGCAAUUUUUUUAAAUAUAAAACUGGAAAAAAGUGCUAAGUCAUUUGGCACAUGCUUACAGAUACUUUUCUUGGUCAUAUUCAUUAAAUGUUACUACAUUUCUGAAUUUUUGCAAAAAUGUAUUUUAUCAUAAAAUGGCAUUAUUUUAGAGAAUUUUAAAAACUGACAUGGUCAAUUCAGAAAAAUCUGAAUAAGGUCAUUGCAUUUAAAAAGCAUAUAAAGAUACUUGAUUGUGACGGUGUGUCUUUCAUUGUAUAUAUAUAUAAUUCAUCAACAAAUACCUGUAUCUCAAAAUAAAAAUAUUUGUUAUAUAUUUGAAGUCGUGCAUGGUAAGGAUUGUGUUUGAAUCACUAUAAACAAUAAUGUGUUACAAAAGAUCAUGCUGACUUUGUAUAACUAAGUACUAUGAAUGAAUUUGAUUGGUAUUUGGUGUUGUACAGCUCACAUGUUUACACUCUCAGUGCCCUAAUUCCUCUGGGGAAUUACCUUUUUAAAAUGAUCCUUACGGGGGUGUUUUAAGGUUGCUUUAAUCACAGAGCUCCUUCGUUUUGACCUCUGCAGUUAAUUUUAUUUUUUAAAACAACAUGUUGGUGGUACAUUUUCUCUGCUUUUAGCCAAGAGCUUUCAGUCCACCAGUAAAUCAGAUGACAUGGUAUUAAAUUUUGUUGUUGCCAUCUCUCUGUAAAUAGUGAAUGUUUUUUUAUUAGCUCUGCACUGCUUCUGUCUUAAUGCUGGCAUUAAGAUCAUAAACCCCUUUUUUCCAUAGUGCAGACUUUUAAAACUACUUUAAGUUAUUGAUGCAAUUUCAUAUUUUUUCAUAAUCUAUAUUUAAAAUUACAUCAUUGCAUCAUCCUUUCUAAAUUCAUCUCCAUUAAAACUUGCCUUAAGCUACCAGGUUGCUUUUGCCAUUAGCUUUAUUGUAUAUUUGUAUGUUUAAUUUAGUUUCACAUUAAAAUUCUGUGUA